AUGGCCCAAUGGAUAAGGCGCUGGUCUACGAAACCAGAGAUUCUGGGUUCGAUCCCCAGUGAAGUCGAUAAAACUUUUUUCACAUCCGAGUCUCAAGCAGAAGCAGAAGCAGCAGCAGCAGCUCCUCAGUUUAAUCUCAUUCCGGCGACGAUGUCUAUAUACAGGAUCGCUAGAGCCUUACCCUUCUCAGGUCUCUUCAGGCAGCUUGAGAAAGAAGCCGAAACUGUGAUCAGUGUUCUGCAACCUGGUCCAUUGGGAAUCAUAGAACACAAGUUCACGCCUCAAGAGAUUCGUCAGGCCAAAGCUACAGUGUUUAGAGCAGUAGAUAAUUGGCGAAGACAUUCUAAGCUUGACCAUGCUAAUGGCGUUUUAAAUCAUUUCAUCUAUAAGUGA